AUGAAGGCAGCCAUCGUUGUACCAAACUUGCGCAUUCGAGCGGAAAAUAAUUCACCUUCAGGGGAUCCCAUGUACCAAUUGAGCGCCGAUGACGACUUUCACUACGAACUUCUUCGCAUCCUGGGUAUAGCGCCGUACGAGGGAUCCGACAUUGGCGAGGUUCUCGUCGCUGCUAACAAGAUUGAACCCCUCUCCAUGCUCAGCUGGUCCAAAUCCUUUGAUGAGCUGGCCACCCAUAUGGGCAAGGUCGCUGAAGGUAUCGAUUCGUCAAAGUACCCAAUCUCGGCACGCAAUGCCCACUUCAAGGCCGCCACCUACUACCGCGCGGCCGACUUUUUCCUCCAUGGCAACUGGUCCGAUCCCAAUAUCAACACGCUCUGGGACAAACAGACGGCUUCCUUUAACGCAGCGCUCAAGCUCAUGACCAUUCCUGGAAAACGCGUUACCUUGCGUUCCAAGGGCGGCCAAUUUAAAGUCCCGGCCAUCUACUAUAGCAGUGGCUCGUCCAAGCCAAGACCCACCAUCAUCAUGUGCAACGGUUACGACGGUGCCCAAGAAGAGAUUUACCACGUCUUUGGUCAAGCCGCGCUGCAAAGAAACAUCAACAUCAUCACGUACGAGGGACCUGGACAGCCCACGGUCCGUCGAGAGCAGAAUAUCGGCUUCAUCCCCGACUGGGAAAAGGCUGCCAGUCCAGUCAUUGACUACGCUCUCACACUCAAGAACGUGGAUCCCAAAUCCAUCGCCGUGUUGGGAUACUCCCUUGGAGGUUACCUCGCUACCCGAGUGGCUGCGUUCGACCAUCGCGUCGCAGCCGUUAUCGCCAUUGACGGUAUCUAUGACUAUGGCAAGACACUGACCGACAACCUUACCCCCGAACUCAUGGAGCUUUACAAAGGCGGCAAGAAGGACGAGUUCGACUACAUCCUCAAUACUCAUUUCCUCAACAACCAGAGCAUCCCCACCUCGGCGCGCUGGGCUCUGCAGCAGGGUCUGUGGUCGUUCAAGACCCAUAGUCUUUAUGAUUACUACAAGCUUUCCGAGGCCUACAACUUGACUGGGUUGACGGACAAGGUCCAAGCCAAAGUCUUUGUCGGAGACGCCGAAAACGACAUUUAUUUCCCUGGUCAGGCCAAAGCCCUCGCGGCCCAUCUUGGCAACAAGGCCACGCUUUAUGAAUUCAAGGCCAACGAAGGUGCUGGAGCCCAUUGUGCGGUGGGCGCAAAUAUUUAUUUGACCCAGGUGAUUCUUGACUGGUUUGAUGGUGUUUUGAAGAACAAGAAUGGAAAAUAG